AUGCAGGCCACUUGGGGUGGGUCACACGUUGACAUGGACACCGGGGAAGAGGGGCUGCCUGGAAAACCUCGCUUUUCAGCUCAACAGGCGCAUGUGGGCAGGUGGCUGAGCCCGUUCUUCCUCACCUGUGCUGUCUACUUUCUCCUCUGGAGCCCUGAGAACCAGCCGUCCUGGGUCGGUGCCCUGAUCAAGUGCCUGCCCAUCCUCUACCUGGUGGUGGUCCUGUGGACCGUGUACCCCGGCGGGGGCUACAGCUUGCUCCUGCAGGGGGCCCUUCUCUGCUCAGCUGUGGGGGACUCCUGCCUCGUCUGGCCUGAGGCCUUCCUCCACGGCAUGGCUGCCUUCGCCGUGGCCCACCUGCUCUACCUCUGGGCCUUCGGCCUCACUCCCCUGAAGCCUAGCCUCCUGCUGCCUAUCCUCCUGGCUUCCAUCCCAUAUUAUGGCCUCCUGCUUUGGCACCUCCCGCCUGACAUGGUCCUGCCCCUGACAGCUUACUCCCUGGUCCUGGCCGCUAUGCUGUGGCGUGGCUUGGCCAGGGGCGGGAGUACCACCUGGGGCGCCCUGCUCUUCACGCUUUCAGAUGCCAUGCUGGCCUGGAACAUCUUCGUCCAUCCCCUGCCCCAUGCCCACCUGGUGGUCAUGACCACCUAUUACGCUGCCCAGACCCUCAUCGCCCUGUCGGCCUUCCAGAGCCCCAGGCUCAAGUCCAACUGA